AUGGCCCUUAAGGGGAGAGAUGUUGGUUAUGCUGGCGUCGUUUGCUUCAUCGCAUGGGGCUAUGCCACAAGUUGGUUUCCCACCAUUCGAUGGGCAGGAUACGCCUUCGUCGGCGGCGUCGUCGUAACUAUUCUCGCCUGUCUCCUCUUACUUUUAACUUCCCGGGGCUCAACUUAUAGCCAACAAAAUAGAACUUCACGACCCAAUGCAGUCAUAUUUUCAGGUCUUACCUCCUGGCAUAAAGAGACCACCGCCUUGCGAAUUAGACAAACCUAUCUUAAAGAUCCCCUUUACGCCGAAUCGCCCGCUAUAUCUAACGCUCUAGACGAUCUGCUCGACCUUAUCAUACGGGACUUUGUUAAUUCAUGGUAUUCGAACAUAAGCAAAAAUCCGGUGUUUGCGAACGAAGUGGAUAAGACCGUAAGACAUGCGCUGGCUAGCAUUCGAGACCGUCUUUUCGAAACAGACCUGGUGGAAGUGGUCACGGGUAGGAUUGUACCAAUAUUAACGGCUCAUUUUCGCAGUUUCUACGAUGCAGAGAGGGCUGUUCGCGGCCGCAAACUAAAUCGUGAUGUUACGGAAUCUGAAGAGCUAGACUUGGCUAUUGCCGGGAAAUACAAUGAUGGCAACCUACAUCCUGCUGUGUCCCUGACCUACUCGGAUACAAAACUGCUACAACAGGAUCACUUACGGAAUAUAGUUACUAAGGUACUACCAAAAGUGCUCCCUCAUACCAUGGUUGAAAGCCGGGUUGUGUUUAGCAUUGUCCGCGAAAUCGUCGCCUGUGCUGUCUUGUUUCCCACCCUCCAACUUCUAGCUGAGCCUGACACCUGGAACCAAGUAAUGGAAAAUUACGGUCGAACCAUGCUUCAAGACCGGUCGACUGUUCGUAAGCUUCGUGCCGCCUUAGAUGCGCAUGCGUCGCCCCCGCCGAAGAGUUCCAGACCGGUAGCUUUCCCGCGCCUAGCUUCAGGAGACAGCGAGCGUCGUUUUGAAAAGUUCAUCCGCACGAUCCGCAAACUUAACAACUUGUCCGACGCGAGGCGCUUUCGAAGCGAAGUAGCAAGCCAGCUGAAGAGGGACUCCCAAUAUUCGGGACAGGAUCCCAUCUACCUCCGUCGAUUAGAAAUGGGCAAACGACUUCUAGACCAGAGGGUUCAUCAAUUAGCUGCGGGUGGUGAUGGACGGCAUAUACCCUUAUCAAGCACCCCGCCUCCGAAUAUAGGAUCUUCGAGGCUCGAGCACGCGUCCUUGGUUGAAAUCCUACGUGACACCUCAGGCCUUUCUUAUUUUAUGGAAUACAUGGAUAGACAAGGCCUGAUGCCCCUUGUGCAGUUCUGGUUGGUUGUAGAUGGACUACGAAACCCUUUGGAGGAUGAUGGUCACGACGACGAGCAAUUGCCUUCUACUCUAAGCCCUUGGACCGAAUCCGAUCGUACCGACAUUGCCCAAAUCGACCAGGCCUACUUAUCUAAAAAGGAACUUAAGGUCCCAGCUAGCUCGCGGCGUGUUAUUCGCGAGUUUCUAGAUGCUGGGAAAGCAGCUACCCCGGCACAGUACUAUAAGGCACGCCGGGCUGUAUUGCGGGCUCAAACUGCCGUUCUCGAGGGCAUGCAGUCCAAGCAUCUUGAUGCGUUUAAAAAGUCGGAGAUCUUCUAUAAAGCUUUAGCAUCGGAAGAGGCGUCGAAGAGUGUUCCUCUAUUUCACCAAUCUCAGGCAGGGCCAGCUGCAGGCCCGUCGCCGCUUCAAGUUCAGCAGUCGUAUGGGCCGAAGCCUGCGUUGGUGGCAAAGCUUAAUCCCAAAAUAAAUACUUCUAAUGGUCAAGUUAGACGAGGUUUGUCUGCUACGAACCUGAAAGCUGUUGCUGCAAAUGUUAACCAAAAAGUAGAUCCUUCGAUGGGUCACAGGCGAUCAUUUGACGGCAGUGCAACUUCACCAUUAUUUGAUGACGAUGAUGCGGAACAUGAUGCGCUAGCAGACUCAGUGAUGAGUCUCGACCAGGAACCGUUAAGACCCGUACCAGAUACCCAGGUAGUCCAAGCUGUGGAGGAAGCACUGAAUAAUAUUUUGGAAGACGAUCGACCACAAACUGCAGAGGAUCUUCGUGAGUCGUUAUUUGGGAAUGAGGACGGAGCUUCGAGCAUAUUCUCAGCUCAGGAAAACGGUUCAGCUAGGGGCUCUCUAGACCAGCAGCGUUCGAUUCAAUCUGGGAAGGAGGUUGAGAAGCCCAGUUUGUCGUCUCUCGGGCUUGUCAGUCCAGCAUCUAGGAUUGGAGUAUUUAUGGAUGAUGACCUUUUCGGAGAUGAAGAUAAGUUCUUGUCGGACGAAGAGGAGGAUCAUAAUGAAGGGGAAGCUGGUGACAUCGAGGACGAAGUGCACGAAGCUGCCCCUGGUGAUCUGGGCCUUGCGGAGGCUAUUACGGCGCUAACAAACGAUAUUGACCGACUUGCUGCCCAGGAGGCCGUCAUAGAAUCGCUAACGAAGAAGGCGGAACUGACUAACAAUACGGCGGAAUUGCGCAUCUUACGGAAAUCAAAAGCGAGUUUGCAAAGGGAACUUCGGCGAAAGGAAUUACAGCGACAGCAAUAUGUAAUCCAAGAGAGCGACAAUAGCUUGUACGGACGUGCGUCAAUUAAGAUCAAGUCCAUCCAAGUUGGACGAGAGGAAGACGGAAAGGAAUUCGCCCUGUACGUAAUUGAGGUAAAGAGAAAUGCGGGAGAGAAGAUGCCUGCAGCAACAUGGAUUGUGACGCGACGAUAUAGCGAAUUCCACGAGCUGCAUCAGAAAUUGCGAGAUAGGUAUCCCUCGGUAAGGAACUUAGAGUUUCCACGACGGAGAAUGGUCUUGAAACUCCAAAGCGACUUUCUUCGAAAGCGGCGUGACGCGUUGGAGAAGUACUUGAGUGAACUCCUCCUUCUACCAGAUGUAUGCCGCAGCAGGGAUUUACGAGCCUUCCUAUCGCAAAGCAUUAUCACUCAUCAGGGGGAAGAUAUAAUGAACCGCGAGGAUAAGAAGGACAUGAUUACGCGCUUAUACGACUCCGUUGCCGACGGAAUGGAAGAUAUUCUGGGGAAUAUACCCGUUCUAGACCAGCUUUCCACCGCGGGACAGAAUCUUAUCGCAGCGGCUACAAGCCAGAUGAGCACGAUACCGCUCAGCGUCAACGAGGAUGUUAUGACUACUGCUGAAGCCGAAGCCGAAUUGAAUGCCUUUGAGAAUAAAGAGCUCGAGCCUUUCAUUAAACCCAUCUGCGACAUCUUCCUCGAAGUCUUUGGGCUUAAUCGAGGUAAUAAUUGGCUUCGCGGGCGAGCUGUCGUCGUUGUUUUACACCAGAUGCUGGGAGGUACGAUUGAACGAAAAGUACGAGACAACUUCAAGAUGCUGGUCCAAGAGGAUGCUAUUAUUAAAUACAUCGAUCUCUUGAGGAAUAGCAUGUGGCCUGGCGGGCAGCUCAACAGAAACAAGCAACCGAGGACUUCAUCGGAGAAAGCGAAAACCCGGAGGGAAGCGAGCUUGAUGUUGGCUACCCUCGUCCCAGAUUUGGCCGGAAACGUAGUCGGACGGCUGAACGCCCAAGCCGCGAGCCGCAGGAUGUUUGCCACGCUCAAUAACUCGAGGCUGAAUUCUCAUUUGGUUUUUACGAUUGUGGACGAACUAAUCGACAUUUUAUUUAAUGAACCUUGA